AUGAGACCAUGUAGACACACCAGUUUCAAUUUCCUUGAAUUGCUGGCUCAAAUCUAUGUACACAAAACUACUGCAUAUGGAUUAAAAAUAUUAAAACACGGGGAUUAUGUAUUGCCAUCUAUAAUCGGAAAACACCAAAACUACAGAUAUCAACACAUAGUUGAAACAGUUUUAGAAAUUAAACAAAAUCCGUAA